AAUUGUUACAAAAUGUCGGACGUUCCAAAAAAUGCUCCGGAUCAUUGCCCAGGAACAGAGAGUGAAGAUGCUGGAAAAGGUGAAGCCUGCCAGGGAUGCCCCAAUCAAAACAUCUGUGCCAGUGCUAAACCAAAGGGACCAGAUCCAGAUGUUGCUGACGUGCAGAAAAGAAUGUCCAGUGUGAAACACAAAAUUAUAGUGUUGUCUGGAAAAGGAGGAGUUGGCAAAAGUACAUUUACAGCUAAUUUAGCUAGAGGUUUGGCUCAAGAUGAAAAUAAACAGGUUGGUGUGCUCGAUGUUGACAUUUGUGGUCCAUCGAUCCCCCGGGUGAUGGGGUUGGAAGGGGAGCAAGUCCAUCAGAGUGGAUCUGGAUGGUCACCCGUGUAUGUUGAAGACAACCUGGGUGUGAUGUCUGUUGGCUUCCUGCUCGCUAGUCCCGAUGAUGCGGUGAUAUGGAGAGGUCCGAAAAAGAACGGUUUGAUCAAGCAGUUCUUGAAGGACGUUGACUGGGGUGAGCAAGACUAUUUGGUGAUCGACACACCGCCGGGGACCUCAGACGAACAUCUCUCCAUCGUACAGUACCUCAGUACGUCAAAUGUAGAUGGCGCUGUUAUCAUCACAACUCCUCAGGAAGUAUCCCUGCUAGAUGUUCGGAAGGAGAUCAGUUUUGCCAAGAAGGUUGAUCUGCCGAUCAUUGGUGUUGUGGAGAACAUGAGUGGGUUCAUCUGCCCCAAGUGUAAGAACGAGUCACAGAUCUUUCCCCCUACAACUGGAGGAGGGGAAAAAAUGUCCCAAGAUAUGGGGGUGCCGUUUCUUGGGCGGUUACCGUUGGAUCCGAGAAUAGGCAAAUGCUGUGAUGAGGGUUCAUCGUUCUUUCAAGAGUUUCCCGAUUCACCGGCAACAAUGGCUUAUAAUGAGAUCAUAACAAAAAUACAAGCAUUCUGUGAAGCACAUACGUCAGACAAAGAGACUGGGGAGUCAGCAAUGGAGACGACAUAAAAGGAUGUGUGACUGCUUGGGACAAUCACGUUGUUGGGAAUUUCGGUUGUGCUAAACGUGUAUUUGAAGUGAGAGUAAUGAUGUAAAGAUAUGCAGGGAGUGGAGAUGGGAACAAUAAACUGGGCUGGUCUUUAUAUGCAGUCUCCUUCUCAGGGCAUGGACGUUCCUGUGGUCUGGUCUUCUUGGGCUGCGUAUCCAUAGACUGUUCCCUUAUGGACUUUGUGGCGUUUGUUUUCAUUGUCUCCAUCUCUUUUUUCAUGAUACGACCAAUGGGGAGGUCCAAUAAGCUAAACAGAGGUUUGUUUUGAGUGUGGCAUUUCAAAAGGUCGCAAGUGAAUGUGGAAAAGGGAAGAUCUGCAUGAGUGAAUAGCCUAUGGCUAAGCUGGCUUACAGACGACCAGUACGGGACCAAAUGCGGUGUCCUUGAUAGAGGGUGUCCUCAACUGAGAGAUUUCCACUAAGGGAGGUUCCGCUGUAUACAGGGUGGCCCAUAUUCUAUUGUGUAUCCAUUGUGUGAGGGAAAAUAAUUCUGGGCAACCCUGUAGUGUGGAUUUCAAUCCUUGAAGCUUCAAGAUAUUGUCAUAAAGUCACAGUUUUAUACUUCUGGUCCUGUCGCAUGUGAUAAAGAAGCAAAAUAUGAAUAAAUCCGAUCAUGAUAUUUAUAAAACUGA